AAAAAAAGAAUCGACCAUGCUUUCGAAUAGUUUGGACGAAACUUUUGCCGAAAGUCCUACAAACGCAGGAGUGAGUGCUUCUCAACUACUCAUGGCACAGAAAGUUAAUCUAUUCGAAAGUAUUCUUUCCAAGAAAUCAUCUAACCUGUCAUUAGAUUUAGAUUCAGAAACAAGUGCAAAUUCCGACACUAUCACAGACUAUUUCUUCGUUAGAAAUGUCAACACUGUAAAUAUCGAUGAUCUUGUCCAAUCUAAAUUUGGAAACUGUCAAAUGUUAGAUCAUGACUUGAUUUUUAAUGAAAAUUUAAGAAAGAUUAGAAAUAGAUUUAAACCAAUCUAUGAAACACUCUUAGAAAAUGAUGCUCUUUAUAAUGGAAAUCAAAUUGACAAUUUUUCAUCGUACAGUUUAGGAAAUGUUGAAUUUGAACAAAUAAUGUCAUCAUUUUCAACGAAUAUUCAAGAAUAUUGUGAAUAUGAAUUGAAGUAUAUGCAUGAUUUCUUUAAAACUGAUUGUCCAAAUAUUAUUCAAUCUCUACCAUUGAUUAUUUCAUUGAAAAGUUUGACAAUUGAUGAAUUGAAAUGUACUGUCAAUGUUUUAAAGAAAGUUUUGACAUUGGGAGCAUAUACUCAUCCUGAGAAGGUUUUGGUUUCUCAGAGUUUGGCACUUCCUGAUCUAUUCUGUUAUUUAUUCUUUGAUAAUCCAACAAAAAGUCAAUCAGAAUUGAAUAAGGCACUUAUUAGAAAUAGAAGUGAUUCGAAUGGAAGUGAUACUUCAAGUGAAUCUGUUCGUUCUUCAUCCACUUCUCCUUCAUUGUUGAGCAAAUUCUUUUCUAGAAAUAGGAAAAAGAAUUUGAAAUCAUCUCCAAUUGUUUCUUUUGAAAAGGAAUUGAUGUAUUUACAAAUUUAUUUAAUUAUUUUUGAAUUUUCAGAAUCAGAUAUUGUUGAAAUACCUCAUGGAUAUGAACACAAUGUGUAUAG